UAAAUUCAAGGUUGAUCAAGUUUUCACUUAGAUUUCAAUCGCUCGGCAGUCAGACAUUUUUAUUUUCCACAAAAGAUAUUUAUAUCUGGGUAAUUUUCUUUUCUAAAAAGAACCAAAAAUGUUGACUCUUGAGACUCGUAUAAAAAUGUCACCACAUUGCUAUAAAUGGCAAUCGGCUUGUUGGAUGGUUUUGAAGUUUAGUGAACCAAAAAUAUGGUUUCUGGCCAUUAUUGUCAUACUUAUGUCAAUUGUCUCAAUGCGUUGGCUAAGAAAAUAUAGAAAAUUGAAUGAAAUCGCCAGAAAAGUGAUGAUUGAUUUGGCCAAUGUCAAUGGAAUUGUUCGCGAUAUUGCUGAGUAUAAAAAUGCACAUUUGAAAAAUCUGAAUGAAAUUAUCAGUGUCAAGAACAAGACUGAAGAAAAACCUAAAGAACAGACAGAAGAUUCUUCAAAGAAACCACCAGCACCUCGUAGUCUCUUACAGCCACCAAAAAGGUGGCCCACGUGGAAACUAUAGUGGAAAUGACAGAAAAUGAUUUAUGCAAAUUGCCUAGUGAAUUAUGAUAAAUUUUAUUUUAUUCGUUGUAGUUAAAAAACGCUUCGAAAGAACAAAUUUGAGUUUACAACUCAAAUUUGAGUUUUACAACGAAUAACUUUCUAUUUUGAUAUAAAUUUGGAAAUUAAUUUAAUCGGA